AUGGCCGCCCCCGAUCCUGGCUUUGCUGUCAUGCCGUUGGCAGAAGACCCUCAAAAGGGCAGCAUCGAAAAUCCGUCCCAGGACCCCAGCGACGAGCUUCCUGUUGCGCCAGACCAAUUCGACCCGCAGUAUGAGACCACUCGCUGGGAAAUCUGGGCAUACUAUUCGUACUACAUUGGCAACAAUGGGUUGACCCUGUUCAAUUUCGCGCCAACCGCCUUCCAAAACCUGUUGUCGCAGGCAGCUGGAGAUGCAGGCACUUUGAGGUUCGCAGGCGUGAAUAGGACGAUCAAUAGUAUUGUCCUGGUGGCCAAUGGGAUCAGCUUUGCUAUUCAGAUUGUGCUGUUCUUGGUUAUCGGGAGUUAUGCUGACUUCGGACGCUCGCGACCUAACAUCCUCAUCGUGCUCUCGAUUGUCGCUUUCGGCAUAGGCUUUGGCUGGAUGGGCGUGCAUACAGCGGACAAAUGGCAGGUGGCAGCAGGGAUGUACAUUGUGGGACUGAUUGCAUACCAAACCACCUUGACCUUCUGGACUGCAGCAUUUCCAGGUCUCGCUCGAAACACGCCUCAGCUGCGGGCCAAAGCCGAGGAGUUUACAAACGGAACCAUCAGUCGAGAUGAGUAUGACUACGCAGACACACUACAAAGGAGCCGACUAUCCAAUAUGGCGUUCUACAUACAAUCCUGCGGGGAGUUUGUCAUACUAGCUCUAAUAGUUGGUGUCCUAUACGGUGUGCACGUCACAGCGAGCGAAGCCAACAACAAUUACGGGUUGAGUGUUCUCAUCGCCUUCGCAACUGGUGUCUGGGUGCUGCUGGCUAUACCGUGGUUCAUCCUGGAAAAAAGAAGACCAGGCCAGCAGUUGCCGCCUAACAUGAACAUCGUGAUGGUAGGAUUUUGGCAACUCUACCGUGCCAUCACUCAAAUUUGGCGACUCAGACAAAGUCUCCUUUACCUCAUUGGCUACUUCCUUCUCGGCGACUCCCUCAAUACUACCGUGACCGUCAUCGCCACUCUCCAGAACGAGGUUGUUGAGUACGACACGCUGACAUUGACCUACAUCCUACUUGUCGGCAUCGCGGCUCAAGCGGUAGGUAUCUACAGCUUCUGGUGGAUCCAGCAAAGAUACCAACUCAGUACGAAGACCAUGUUCAAUGCGAUUAUUGUCGGAAUAAUUUUGCUCGAUGGUUGGGGCAUGAUAGGUAUCUGGACUCAGAACUUCGGCUUCCACCACGUUUGGGAGUUUUGGGUCUAUCAGACCUUCUAUGGUCUCUUCGUGUGUCCCUGGUACUCCUACUCCCAGAUUAUGAUCUCUGAAGUCACGCCCCGUGGCAAAGAGUUUCUAUUCUUUUCCCUAUUCUCUAUCAUUGGCAAGACGUCAUCCUUCAUCGGACCGCUGGUUUCAAGUGCGAUCAUCGAUGCAAGUCCGCAUGGAAACAACAGUACACCAUUCUAUUUUCUGUUUGGGUUGUCUUGUCUGAGUGCAGGGUUUCUGGUGCUAUUUUUAGAUUUAAAGAAGAGUAGGGUGGAACAGGAGAGAUUUUUGGCGGAAGAAGAGCUAGUAAGGGCGAAGCUGCAGGGUGAUAGUGGGAGCCAGGGGAGCUGA